UGUCUGCCAAAGUUAGCUGGCUAAAAGCACCAAAGCAGUCCACUGUGCUGUGACCUAAAUUUGUCUAAACCUUCAGAAAAGUGAGGAAGGAGUCUGUGUAGACAUGACUAUGGUCUGUUUGAAUGAUUUUGAGGAAUAUGCCAAGCAGCACCUCUCAAAGGCUACAUGGGACUAUUAUGAGGCUGGAGCUAAUGACUGUUGCACCAGAGAUGACAACUUGCUGGCCUAUAAACGGAUCCGCUUGAGGCCGCGGAUUUUACGUGAUGUGUCGAUCAAUGACACUCGGACCUCUGUGCUGGGAAUGGAGAUAAGCUUCCCUGUGGGAAUUGCUCCCACGGCUUUCCACUGCCUUGCGUGGCAUGAGGGAGAACUGGCCACUGCUAGAGCCACUGAGGCAGUGAACACCUGUUACAUAGCCAGCACAUACUCCACUUGUUCAGUGGAGGAGAUUGCUGCAGCAGCGCCCAACGGCUACCGCUGGUUCCAGCUGUACUUGUACCGGCACCGUAAGCUCUCGGAGCAGAUUGUGCGCAGGGUGGAAGCACUUGGCUACAAAGCUCUGGUGCUUACAGUGGAUGUGCCCUACACUGGCAAACGCCGCAAUGACAUACGCAACCAGUUUAAGCUCCCACCUCACCUGAAGGUCAAGAACUUUGAGGGAAUGUUCCAGGAGCAGGCUGGCUCCCCGGAGGAAUACGGGAUCCCUGCUAACACACUGGACCCGUCGAUCAGCUGGAAGGAUGUGUGCUGGCUCCAGUCUCUAUCACGGCUGCCUAUAAUCAUCAAGGGCAUCCUUACUAAAGAGGAUGCAGAGCUGGCCGUAGAGCAUGGCGUCCAAGGGAUAAUUGUGUCUAAUCACGGGGGCCGGCAACUGGAUGGAGGGCCCGCAACGAUAGAUUGUCUGCCUGAGAUAGUGGAUGCAGUGCAGGGCCGGGUCGAGGUCUACAUGGACGGAGGGAUCCGCACAGGCAAUGAUGUGCUGAAGGCCAUAGCCUUGGGAGCCAAAUGUGUGUUUAUUGGCAGACCAGCAAUCUGGGGCCUUGCUUACAAGGGGGAGGAAGGAGUCAGAGAGAUCUUACAGAUUCUACACGACGAGUUUCGUUUAUCCAUGGCGCUGUCAGGUUGCCGAAAUGUUGCUGAGAUCAACAGGAACCUCAUUCAGUUCUCCAGACUUUGAACAGCAAAGAGGACUUUAGUCAUUUCUACUUUACCACUGACAGCAAAGAUCCACUUUAUCCACUAUUAAUACUAAAUGUAUUCAAGAAACUACUGUUGCUUUAAGUCACAUUUGACAAAAAUGACAUAUUUACAUAUGUUCACAGUGUAUGGAUGUUUUUAAAAUAGUAUUUU